UCAACGACUUUUUCUGAGGCUUGCAACAUACGAAAUUCAAGUCGAGUACAUCUGUGGGAAGGACAACUCAAUUGCAGACGCCCUGAGUCGAGUCGACUCUCUCAGUCCAAAGCCUAUGGACUCAAAGCAGACAACCGACUUGACAGAACCAGAAUUGCCACCACUGCUGAUCCAGCCUUGAACCAGUUAUGGCAUUACAUCUUUCACGGUUGGCCGCUUCAGAGGCAGCAACUCUCAGAACGAUUACAACAAUAUUGGAAUUACCGUGAAGAACUUGCAGUUGAAGAUGGCCUGAUAUUCAAAGCACAUCGACUUGUGAUUCCAACUUCACUGUGA